AUGGGCAGCCCCGAGGGCCGCUUCCAUUUUGCCAUCGACCGCGGAGGCACCUUCACGGACAUCUUCGCCCAGUGCCCGGGGGGGCACGUGCGGGUGCUGAAGCUGCUCUCCGAGGACCCCGCCAACUACGUGGACGCCCCCACGGAGGGCAUCCGCCGCGUCCUGGAGCAGGAGGGGGGCGUGCUGCUGCCGAGGGACCAGCCGCUGGACACCAGCCGCAUCGCCAGCAUCCGCAUGGGCACCACCGUGGCCACCAACGCUCUGCUGGAGCGGCAAGGCGAGCGGGUGGCGCUGCUGGUCACCCGCGGCUUCCGGGACCUGCUGCACGUGGGCACCCAGGCCCGCGAGGACCUCUUCGACCUGGCCGUGCCCAUGCCCGAGAGGCUGUACGAAGAGGUGCUGGAGGUGGAUGAGCGGGUGGUGCUGCAUCGCGGGGAGCCAGGCUCCGGGACGCCCGUCAGAGGCUGCACGGGGGACCUGCUGGAGGUGCAGCGGCCGGUGGACCUGGGGGCCCUGCGUGGGGAGCUGGAGGGGCUGCUGGCCCGCGGCAUCCGCAGCCUGGCCGUGGUCCUCAUGCACUCCUACACGUGGGCCCAGCACGAGCAGCAGGUGGGCGCGCUGGCCCGGGAGAUGGGCUUCACGCAGGUGUCGCUGUCCUCGGAGGCCAUGCCGAUGGUGCGCAUUGUGCCGAGGGGGCACACGGCCUGCGCCGACGCCUACCUCACACCUGCCAUCCAGCGCUACGUGCAGGGCUUCUGCCGUGGCUUCCAGGGCCAGCUCAAGGACGUGCAGGUGCUGUUCAUGCGCUCGGACGGCGGCCUGGCGCCCAUGGACGCCUUCAGCGGCUCCCGCGCGGUGCUGUCCGGCCCGGCUGGGGGUGUGGUCGGCUACUCCACCACGACCUACCGCGCCGAGGGCGGCCAGCCCGUCAUCGGCUUCGACAUGGGAGGCACGUCCACCGACGUGAGCCGCUACGCCGGCGAGUUCGAGCACGUCUUCGAGGCCAGCACGGCCGGCGUCACCCUCCAGGCCCCCCAGCUGGACAUCAACACGGUGGCCGCGGGCGGGGGCUCCCGCCUCUUCUUCAGGUCCGGCCUGUUUGUGGUGGGGCCCGAGUCUGCAGGAGCCCACCCCGGCCCCGCCUGCUACCGGAAAGGGGGCCCCUUGACGGUGACGGAUGCUAACCUGGUUCUGGGCCGCCUGCUGCCGGCCUCCUUCCCCUGCAUCUUUGGGCCGGGAGAGUGCCAGCCGCUGUCCCCCGAGGCCUCCCGAAAGGCCCUGGAGGCCGUGGCCGCCGACAUCAACAGCUUCCUGACCGAGGGGCCGAGCCCCGCGGCCCCGCUGAGCCUGGAGGAGGUGGCCAUGGGGUUUGUGCGCGUGGCCAACGAGGCCAUGUGCCGGCCCAUCCGCGCCCUCACGCAGGCACGAGGUCACGACCCCUCAGCGCACGUGCUGGCCUGCUUCGGAGGGGCUGGCGGGCAGCAUGCCUGUGCCAUCGCCCGGGCCCUGGGCAUGGACACUGUGUACAUCCACAGGCACAGCGGGCUGCUGUCGGCACUGGGGCUGGCGCUGGCCGACGUGGUGCACGAGGCCCAGGAGCCCUGCUCCCUGCCCUACGCGCCCGAGAACUUCCUGCAGCUGGACCAGCGGCUGCGCCGGCUGGAGGAGCAGUGCAUAGUCGCCCUGCGGGCCCAGGGCUUCCCCAGGUCCCAGAUCCACACCGAGACCUUCCUGCACCUGCGCUACCAGGGCACGGACUGCGCCCUGAUGGUGUCCGCCCACCAGCACCCGGCCACCGCCCGCUCGCCCCGUGCUGGCGACUUCGGGGCAGCCUUCGUGGAGAGGUACAUGCGGGAGUUCGGCUUCGUCAUCCCCGAGCGGCCGGUGGUGGUGGACGACGUGCGGGUGAGGGGCACCGGCCGCAGCGGCCUUCGCCUGGAGGACGUCGCCAAGACCCAGGCGGGGCCCCCCCGGGUGGACAAGGUGACCCAGUGCUACUUUGAGGGGGGCUACCAGGAGACCCCGGUCUUCCUGCUGGGAGAGCUGGGCCAUGGGCACAAGCUCCAGGGGCCCUGCCUGAUCAUCGACAGCAACAGCACCAUCCUGGUGGAGCCAGGCUGCCAGGCGGAGGUGACCGAGACCGGGGACAUCCGCAUCUCCGUGGGGGCCGAGACCCUCGGCACGGUGGGCGCCCAGCUCGACCCCAUCCACCUGUCCAUCUUCUCACACCGCUUCAUGAGCAUCGCGGAGCAGAUGGGCCGCAUCCUGCAGCGCACGGCCAUCUCCACCAACAUCAAGGAGCGCCUCGACUUCUCCUGCGCCCUCUUCGGGCCCGAUGGGGGGCUGGUGUCCAACGCCCCCCACAUCCCUGUGCACCUGGGCGCCAUGCAGGAGACCGUGCAGUUCCAGAUCCAGCACCUGGGGGCUGACCUGCACCCUGGAGACGUGCUGCUGAGCAAUCACCCCAGUGCCGGGGGCAGCCACCUGCCAGACCUGACGGUCAUCACGCCAGUGUUCUGGCCGGGUCAGGCGCGACCUGUGUUCUACGUGGCCAGCCGCGGGCACCACGCAGACAUUGGGGGCAUCACGCCAGGCUCCAUGCCCCCGCACUCCACCGCCCUGCAGCAGGAGGGCGCCGUCUUCCUGUCCUUUAAACUUGUCCAGGGAGGCGUGUUCCAGGAGGAGGCGGUCACGGAAGCCCUGCAGGCCCCAGGCAAGAUCCCCGGCUGCAGUGGGACCCGGAACCUGCAUGACAACCUGUCAGAUCUUCGUGCCCAGGUGGCAGCCAACCAGAAGGGCAUCCAGCUGGUGGGGGAGCUCAUCGGGCAGUACGGCCUGGACGUGGUGCAGGCCUACAUGAGCCACAUCCAGGCCAACGCGGAGCUGGCUGUGCGGGACAUGCUUCGGGCCUUCGGGUCCUCCCGGCAGGCCCGGGGCCUGCCUCUGGAGGUGUCUGCGGAGGACCACAUGGAUGACGGCUCCCCCAUCCGACUCCGCGUGCAUAUCAACCUGACUCAGGGCAGCGCCGUGUUUGACUUCAGCGGCACCGGGCCAGAAGUGUACGGCAACCUCAAUGCCCCGCGGGCCAUCACGCUGUCCGCCCUCAUCUACUGCCUGCGCUGUCUGGUGGGCAACGACAUCCCGCUCAACCAGGGCUGCCUGGUCCCGGUGCGCGUGGUGAUUCCUAAAGGCUCCAUCCUGGACCCCUCCCCGGAGGCGGCCGUGGUGGGCGGCAACGUGCUCACGUCGCAGCGCGUGGUGGACGUCAUCCUGGGGGCUUUCGGGGCCUGCGCCGCCUCCCAGGGCUGCAUGAACAACGUGACCUUGGGAAACGCGCACAUGGGCUACUACGAGACCGUGGCGGGCGGCGCGGGCGCGGGCCCCGGCUGGCACGGGCGCAGCGGCGUGCACAGCCACAUGACCAACACGCGCAUCACGGACCCCGAGAUCCUCGAGAGCAGGUAUCCGGUCAUCUUGCGCCGCUUUGAGCUGAGGCUGGGGUCCGGGGGCCGCGGCCGCUUCCGGGGCGGCGAUGGUGUUGUCCGCGAGCUGCUGUUCCGCGAGGAGGCGCUGCUGUCCGUGCUGACGGAGCGCCGCGCCUUCCGGCCGUACGGCCUCCACGGGGGGGAGCCCGGUGCGCGCGGCCUAAACCUACUGAUCCGCAAGGACGGCAGGACGGUGAACCUGGGCGGGAAGACCUCGGUAUCCGUAUUCCCCGGGGACGUGUUCUGCCUCCACACGCCAGGCGGCGGGGGCUACGGGGACCCCGAGGACCCGGUCCCACCACCCGGGCCGCCCCCCCAGCCCCCGUCCUUCUCCAAUCGCGGCAGCGUGUACGAGUACCGCAGGGCCCAGGAGGCUGUGUGA